AUGACAGCGCUCGAAUUUCUUGUACUCGCCCUCGCCGGCACGGUGGCAGGCUCGCCCUCUCUUUUCCUAAGAGGUGUCUCACCUGAUAAUACCUGCGGCACGACUGGAAAUGGGGGUAACCCUUCGGCAUACACUUGCCCGGCGGACUUGCCGUGCUGUUCAGUCAAUGGCUGGUGCGGUUCUACCGGCGACUACUGCUUGACGUCCAACGGCUGCCAGGCCGUGUUCGGAACCUGUGAGCAGGACGGCAACCCGCCGACAGGCUCGGGUGAUGAUGGCAACUCGGGUACUGGACUCUGCGGCCCCGAUAAUGGGAACGUUAGUUGCGCCACAAAUGAAUGCUGUUCUGCCGCCGGCUACUGCGGAACAACACCAGACCAUUGCAAGGCCCCGGACUGCCUCUUCCAAUUUGGCCCAGCAUGUGAUGCUAACAAGAUUCCACCGGGCCUCAACACCUCCAGUAUCGUCCGAACCAAGCUCGGCCAGGUCGAGUAUGGCGGUCCUGGUGUUUACAGCUGCGUUAACCCCGGUGACGUUGCCCUAACGUACGACGACGGCCCAGCCUCGUACACCAACGACUUGCUCGACCUCCUGAAAAAGUACAAUGCCAAGGCAACGUUUAUGAUUACUGGGAACAACAACGCAAAGGGAGAGAUUGACGAUGCAGCCUUCCCUUGGGUCAGCACCAUCAAGCGGAUGUACGCUGAUGGCCACCAAAUUGCCAGCCAUACCUGGUCUCAUGCCGAUCUGUGCAAAAUCACAUCGGCUCAGCGCAGAGAUGAGAUGUACAAGUUGGAAAUGGCCAUCCGCAACAUCAUCGGCGUCAUCCCUACCUAUAUGAGGCCCCCUUAUUCCUCUUGUACGGCAGAGUGCGGCUGCGAAGAUGACAUGAGGGCCCUAGGAUACUCGAUCAUCUACUUUGACCUCGACACGGCCGACUACCUGCACGACAGCCCGACUGAGAUACAACAAUCCAAGGACAUUGUCGACCAGUCAAUUUCGGUCAAGCCCGCCACCACUGACAACUUCCUCGUCAUCGGCCACGACAUCCACCAGCAGACCGUCUACAACCUGACAGAGUACAUGCUCCAGAAGUUUCAGGGCAAGAAGAUGGUUACCGUCGGUGAGUGCCUUGGCGACCCCAAGGCGAAUUGGUACCGCGCCGACGUCCGCACCACCCUUGGAUAA